CUUCCUGUUAGUAUUUAUUGAGUAUUAUUCCCCCUCUUUCGCUCCAUUCCUGCUGGUCUCUUUGAAUUGGAGUUUCUCGUCUGCUUCUUAUUCAUACGGAUUUAAUCCAGCCCCCGUCCUUAAUACCAUCUACUAGGUACUUAGUAGUUGUGAUCCAAGCAACUCCGAUCGCUGGUGCAUACGUUUUAGUCCUUCCCCAGAAAUCGCCGUCUGCCAAGCAACGCAGCCCAGCAUGUCUUUCUCCGGCCGCCGCCUGAGCAUCCUGCGCCCCUCCGGCCGCCGCUUCUCGGUCGGAAAGGAGCUGUCAGAGAACGAACUCAAGUCCGAAACCCAUCGUCAAUUCCGAAGCGCCCACGAAGGUCACCGUCCCCAUGCCGGUCUGGAUGCCUCCCGUGCCUCCACGGGUGUUGUCUGGUGUACCGAACGUGCCACCGAACACGGUUACGCAGAGGAUCCCCACUCCUGGGCCAACCUGGGUCAGGGUGCACCUGAAGCCGACGAUGAGAUCGAGGGCAGUUUCCCUCGUCCUACCAGCAUCCCCAUCACCUCCGCUGCGCGUGAGUACGGCCCGACCGCUGGUAUCAAGCCUCUGCGUGCUGCCGUCGCCCGUCUGUACAAUGAGCAUUACCGCCAGGGCAAGGAGAGCCAGUACACCUGGGAGAACGUCUGCAUUGUCCCCGGUGGCCGUGCUGGGUUGAUCCGUAUUGCCGCUAUUCUGGGCAACUCCUACUUGUCCUUCCCUAUCCCUGAUUACUCGGCCUACUCGGAGAUGCUGUCGCUGUUCAAGAAUAUCGCUCCUAUCCCCAUUCCCCUCGCCCAAGAUGACCACUACCACAUCCACCCUGAUAAGAUCGCCGAGGAGAUCGCUCGUGGAACGUCGGUGUUGCUGACCUCCAACCCUCGUAACCCUACCGGACACUUUGUUGCCAACCCCGAGCUUGCUCAGAUCCAGGACAUCUGCAGAGAUCGCGCCACUCUGAUUCUGGAUGAGUUCUACGGCGGUUACAACUACACCACUGACUGCGAUGGAACGACCAUUAGCGGUGCCACAAAUGUUAUCGACGUCAACAAAGAUGAUGUGCUUUUGAUCGACGGUCUCACCAAGCGUUUCCGUCUACCUGGCUGGCGUAUCGCCUGGGUUGUUGGUCCCAAGGAGUUCGUCAAUGCCCUCGGCUCCGCUGGUUCCUACCUGGAUGGUGGCGCCAACGCGCCCUUCCAGGAAGCCGCUGUUCCCAUGCUCGAGCCCUCUCUUGUGCGUGCGGAGAUGAAGGCUCUGCAAGUGCACUUCCGUGAGAAGAGAGACUAUGUUAUCGACCGUCUGCGUGAGAUCGGUUUCCGCAUCCAGGACGUGCCCCAGGCCACCUUCUACAUCUGGCUCGAUCUGACGGCUCUGGACCCUCCUCUUCCCAAGGAGGCCAACCUUUCCGACGGACUGAACUUCUUCAACGCCCUCCUGACCGAGAAGGUCAUUGUGGUCCCCGGUAUCUUCUUUGACCUGAACCCCGCUCACAGACGAGACCUGUUCGACAGCCCUUGCCACCACUUCGUUCGUCUGAGUUACGGACCUAAGAUGGAUGUGCUGAGAAUGGGUCUGGACGGUAUCGAGCGGGUCAUCCGUCGGGCUCGGGCGCAGUUCGAGCCCAAGUGGGAGGAUGAGGUGGCCGUCCAGGACGACUGAACGAGUCGCGGUCCCUUAGCUUUUCACGUGCG